CAAUUCUUUGAGUAUAAAUGAUUAAGAAAACAUUGAUAUUUAUUAUAGGGAGAUAGAUUGCAGACUUUUUUUGUUUUAUUUCAGUUGGUUGACAAUUGAAGAGAUAUGAUUAUUCAAAGAAUGAAAAAGAAUAUUCGAUCAGAUUAUAUAAUUUAUAGACAAACUAAUCAGGUAUAAGACAAUAGGUCUUGGAUGUUGGCAUGAAAUUCAAUCAUUUAUUUGGUGAAAUAGAGUUUUGGGAUUAUAAAGUUGAUAUCAGUUGGUGAUGAAAACCUUAAAUCUAAUUCCUCACGUUGACAAUCAACUAUGAAUCAUAAUUCUAAUUCCUUACACAGGUUUAUAAACCUCAUUUGAUCUUGGUUAUUAGGUGGACAAUCUCAAGGUUACUUCAGAGAGUCACUCAAAGGUUGUCUAUUAAUUAUAGUCUCAUCGUUUAAGUCAACUAUAUCAUUGAUAGAAUUUACGAUUGUCAAUGGAAUAACCUUAAUAAUAUUAAAUUCACUUGGUAUUAUUUUACUUAAAUCUUCCCAUUGAUGAUUAAUACUGCAAAUGAUCAGUUUGUUAUUGGCAUAUGUGCAUACUGUGUGUAUUGCCUCGAUAUUGCCUUCAUUCAAAAAGCUUUAUAAGCAAAGAUGGGUAGUGGUUAACAGUGGGACUCGUCAGUUGGAUGUACGUGCAUCGCAGAGUUGAUGUUCAUUUCGAGACUCGAACCCAGUACCGUUCACUUUAAACGCCGUUGUGUUAUCCACUCAUCUACUGAGUCCUGAUAGCCACUUGCUUGUGCAAUGGGGUGAAGUUUAAAUUCACUUGGUGUUGUUUUAAUUGUAUCUUCCAUUGUUAUUUAGGACAGUAAUUGAUCAGUCUCAUGUUGGCAUAUGUGCAUACUGUGCGUAAUGCCUCGAUAUUGCCUAAUUCAUAAGCUUUAUAAGCAAAGAUGGAUAGUGGCUAACAGUGGAACCCAGGAAUAGAUAACGUGAUGGCGUUUGGAGCAAAUGGUGCUGCAUUCGAGUCCCAGAGUGAACAUCAACUCUGAGAUGCAGGUACAUCCAGCUGACGAGUCCCAAAUAGGACGAAACGCGCGUUAAACUGGAUUCCACUGCUAGCCACUAUCCAUCAUUGCUUACAAAUAGCUUGUGAAUUAAGGUAAUAUCGAUGCCAUACUCACUGGAUGAAUAUAUGCCAAUAACAAACUGAUCAAUUGCAGUCUUAAACCUCAAUAGGAAGAUACAAGUAAACAACAAUACCAAGUGAAUUAUACUAUAAUAAUUGAAAGAGAAAACCAUUCAUGAUUAUGUAAUCAUAAAGUUAUUAUAUAAUAUUUAUUGAAUUUAGACAGACAUAUCUAAUCAAAGCACAACAACAACACACACACACACGCACACACAUAUACAUACACGUACACGAUGUAAAAACAACGAAAUAAUCAAAAGUGAAUUUUGAACAAUUCACUUAGAAAUAAACAGAUGAAUCAAAAUAUCUAAAGUAAAGUCAUGUGAUAGUGAAGUAAAAUUUUUCUUCUUUUUUUUCUUUACCAUCGUCUCCUUUUUUUUUCGACUAGUCGGACAAAUUUUCAUAUGACUUGUGUUAAUCAUGUGACCAUGGUAUUUUUUUUUUCUUCAUUAUUGCCAUAGUAAUAUAAUUUGAAGGCACGUGAAUAGGAAAUUAUAAAUUUUCUUAAUAAAAGUAAUGAAAUAGCAACUAUUUUGAAGUUAACCUUUUAUUAAACGAUAAAUAUAAGUAAAAUGAAUAAAGAGAAUACUUUUUGUUUACGAAUACAAUAAUAACAGUCUCUUAUAAUGCAGGAGAAGACGACCAGUGAAACAGUAGCCUCAGCAGCAGUAAGUAUCAACAUACACAAAGGGAAAAACAGAAUUCUCUGAUGCGAUACAACAUACAACAAUCGAAUCACACUUGAUGGAGAAGAUUUGAGGGAUGUAAAAACCUUUACAUAUCUGAACAGCAUGAUUGAUGAACACGGUGGAUCUGAUGCAGAUGUGAAGGCGCGGAUCGGCAGAGCAAGAGCAGCAUAUCUACAACUUAGAAACAUCUUGGAUUCAAAGCAACUGUCCACAAUCCAACAACGAAGUCAGAAUUUUCAAUACAAAUGUCAAGACAGUUCUACUGUAUGGGGGUGGCAACCUGGAGAACUACGAAAGCCAUCAUCCAGAAGAUACAAGUGUUUAUUAACAGUUGUCCACGCAAAAUACUUCGGAUCCGUUGGCCAAACACUACCAACAACAACCUACUAUGAGAGAGAAAAACCAGAUCUCAGAGGAAGAAGAAAUCAAGAAGCAGUGCUGGAAGCCGACAGGACACACAUUGAGGAAAGCACCGGACUGCAUCAGAAGGCAAGCCGUCACUUAUAAUCUUCAAGGUCAAAGGAGAAGAGGAAGUCCAAUGAAAUCGAUACAGGUAAUGAGAAGAAUGAACAACAAUUGGAUAGAACUAGAAAUGUAGGUGGAGGACAGAUUGGGUUGGAGAAUGCUGGUCGGCAGCAUAUGCUCCGUUGUGAGUAAC